AAGUUUCAUUGACUCACACUGAGACCCAUUUCAAUUUUCGUCACCAAGAGCAAUCGUCAUGAUGUUGAACAACUACCACACGCUGGAGAAGAAGUCGUUUGACGAGACCACGGGCACCGUCGAGUACCCCUGGUACCGCGUCAAGGAGCAUUUCACCCGCGAAAUCCUCGCUGAAGGCACGGGCAUGUUCAUCACGAUGGCGUUCCUGAACGGCGUCGUAUCCCAAGUAGUCCUCGGUGGCGCCACGCACGGCGACUACUCACACAUCAACCUCGGCGUCGGCCUCGCCUUCAUGAUGGGCAUCCACACGUGCGGCGGCAUCAGCGGCGCGCACUUGAACCCUGCCGUGACCAUCGCGCUGGCCGUCCACGGUCGCUUUGAGUGGAAGAAGGUGCCUCUGUACAUCGUCGCACAAUUGAUCGGCGCCUUCUUGGGCGCUGCGGUCGUGUUCGCUAUCUACUACCCGUCGUUCAACGAGUUUGACGCCGACCGAAGCAUCGCCAAGUCGGCGGGCAUCUUUGCUACGUACCCCAUCGACCUGUACGCCCAGAACUUGUUUAGCGCGUUCCUGUGUGAAUUCUUUGGCACUGCGUUGCUUGUAUUUGCCAUCUUCAGUCUGGACGACCCCACCAACAUGCCCACAAACCCCAUCAUGAAGCCCCUCACAGUCGCGUUGGUGCUCGUCAUGAUUGGCAUGAGCUUUGGCUUGCCUACCGGCUACGCCCUCAACCCUGCUCGUGAUCUUGGCCCGCGCAUCUUCACCGCCGUCUCCGGCUGGGGCGUGGGUGUAUUUACCGCGGCCAACUACUACUUUUUGAUCCCGAUCUUCGCCCCCAUCGUCGGAGCCAUUGCCGGCGGCGGGGCUUACAUGGUUACCAUCUACAACCACCACGACCAACACGACGACCUCAAGGCCCUCAAGGUGCUCGGCGAAUCGCGCGGCUACCAGGCCGUGCCCUCCAGCACCAUCGACGACAGCGUUGUUGGGUCGAUCGCGGCUUAGGGUUAACAAAACAUAAGUAUCAUUGCAUUUGUGCUUGAAACACCAAGAGCG